AUGGCUGCUAACAAGCAAAAGGAGCCUUUUUGGCUUGGAGGUGCAGCGGCCUCAAUGGCUGUCUGCUUUACUCAUCCCCUGGACCAAACGAAAUAUCGCAUGCAGGUUUUGAAGUCGAGAGAAUCCAUGUUUCGAGCGAUGUACCGCUUCGCAGCCCGCGAUGGCAUCUUCUCUCUAUGGUCUGGACUUUCAGCAUCCAUCUUCCGACAAACUACAUACUCGACCGCUCGAUUCGGUCUCUAUAAUUACUUCGCGCAACAAGCAAAACAAUGGACUGGCAAAGAGAAGCUAUCAACGGCUAUGACGAUAACAUGUGCGGGGCUGGCGGGUGGAAUGGCUGGGCUUGUUGGCAAUCCUGCUGAGGUCGUCCUUGUUCGAAUGUGUGCCGAUGGAGCAAAAAGUGUCGGCGAGAGAUUCGCCUAUUCCAAUGCUCUUGAGGGUCUUUACAGGAUUGGAAGAGAGGAGGGCAUCGGCGCCUUUGGAAGAGGCAUUUCAGCCAACAUUGUGCGAAGCAUUCUUAUGAGUAAAAGACUAAACAGAAAACACAGAUACUCGACGGCAAAACGAUAUCUUCUUUCGAAGACUGAAAUGAAGGACGAUAUAAAAACGCACGCCGUGGCAUCUUUCUUCGCUGGAACUGCGGCGACCACAAUCUGCGCCCCCGCGGAUGUUCUGAAGAGUAGAAUCCAAAGUGCCGCUGCGAGCGGACCUGGUGGAAGUUCCUUACUCCAUAUUGUUCAGACUGGUCUCCGAGAGGAGGGUCCCAGGUUCCUUAUGAAGGGAUGGACCCCGGCGUGGUUGAGAUUGACACCAAACACCGUGUUGACAUUCGUAUUCAUGGAGCAGCUGCGCAAACUAACGCAAUGGCAGUUUGCAGCUCCAGUUGAGACCAUAAAGGUGUGA